AUGAACAACAAAACUGUAAGCGAACUAGAACUCACGGAAAUUGUUAAUCAAGAUCAAAAUGGGAACAAUGACAAGAGAGAAAUUAGUGACGGAAAAGAAGAAAAAUCUGAAAAUAUUUCCUGUUUGGAUAAAGUUAAAAAAGUUCUAACAUUUUUCACAGUCGAACCUUUUUUGCUUUGUUACAUUAUGCCAAAUGUAAUAUCUUCCUUAGCAGUACAAAAGCUGAAUAUGGAAAAAGCUUGUCGUUCUGAUUUAAACUUUACGGAAGAGAUUUGCUCAUUAGCACUUAGUGGUAAUAUUACGGACAACGUCACAACAAAUGCGUUAAAUGGUGCACAAAAAAUGGUGGCUGAUAUGACUGCAUGGAAGCAACCAUUACAAAGCGGGAUUCCGGCAAUUGCAAUAUUAUUUGUCGGUGCUUGGAGUGACAAAACUGGAAACCGAAAGGCUCUUAUGCUUGUUCCUAUUAUUGGAGAACUUAUAUCAGCUAUAGGAUUACUUUUAGCAACUUACUUUUUUCUAGAGUGGCCUUUAUGGGUGACAGCAUUAAUAGAAGCUUUGCCUUCUGCUUUCUCAGGUGGAAUAUCUAUUGCUUUAAUGGGUUCUUACAGUUACAUUGCGGACGUUACAACAGUAGAAUCACGGACAUUUAGAAUAGGUGUUGUGGCUGUUAUAGUGACACUUGGGAUUCCAUUAGGUUCUUCUAUAAGUGGAGUAUUAACAGAAGCCGUUGGUUAUUAUGGAAUAUUUGGGAUCGGAACACUAUUGUAUAUCUUAGCAUUUAUUCAGACAUAUUUUAGAGUACAUGACGUUAGAAGAGUUGACAUGGAAGGUACUUUUAUUCAAAAAGUCAUACAAUUUUUCCACCCAAAACAUGUUUGGGAUACGAUAUCACUUCUAUUUUUGACCCGCAAGAGACAACUCAUCCAAAUAAUUCUUGUUAUUUGGGCCCAUAUUGUUAUCAUAGGACCUGUUUAUGGGGAAGCUGGUGUUAUGUAUUUAUAUACUUUAAAGAAAUUUAAUAUGAAUAUUGUGGAGUUUAGCUUAUUUUCCACGUAUUCUAUUCUGAUGGGCUUAGCAGGUACUACAAUAGCUGUGACAGUAUUCAGCAAAUGGCUGAAAAUGCAUGAUGCAUUGAUAGGUGCUAUAGCCACAACAUGCAAAGUUAUGUCAAGUUUUGUUUACUCCUUGGCGCCUUCAAAAGCGUGGUUCUAUAGUGGUCCAGCUUUCGAUUUCUUUGGAAAUUCAGGAACAACAGCUAUCAGAUCACUAGGAACAAAGGUUGUAGACCAAGAUAAAGUUGGUAAAAUGUGUUCUUUGAUUGGUUUUGUUGAAGCUAUCGUACCUGUGAUUUAUACUCCACUUUACAGCAAAGUUUAUUCUAAUACCCUUGACACGUUCUCUGGUGCAUUCUAUCUACUUGGAGGCUUUAUGACUGUACCAGCGUUCUUCAUAUUCUUAUGUGUCUACUUUCUACACAGGAGACAAGCUCGUGAUCAAGUAACUAAUCCAGACGCAAAAGAAAUGCACGCUCACGAAAAUUCUGUAACAGUACUUUAA